UCUUUCGGCUUCACACUCGUCCAUUGUGCCUUUUUCUUUUCCCUCUUCUGUGAUUCAUUGAUCCACCCAAGCCCGGAAAAUGGCCGGAAAAGGUGAAGGUCCAGCGAUCGGAAUCGAUCUUGGAACGACGUACUCAUGUGUCGGGGUCUGGCAACACGAUCGUGUCGAGAUCAUUGCCAACGAUCAAGGGAAUAGGACAACCCCCUCGUAUGUUGCAUUUACCGAUACCGAGCGUUUGAUCGGAGAUGCGGCGAAGAAUCAGGUGGCCAUGAACCCUAUUAACACUGUAUUCGAUGCGAAGCGUUUGAUUGGAAGGAGAUUCUCUGAUGCUUCCGUUCAGAGCGAUAUUAAGUUGUGGCCCUUCAAGGUUAUUGCUGGCCCUGGUGACAAGCCCAUGAUUAUGGUUUCCUAUAAGGGUGAGGAGAAGCAGUUUGCAGCCGAGGAGAUCUCAUCCAUGGUCCUCAUGAAGAUGCGCGAGAUUGCCGAGGCCUACCUUGGAUCAACCGUGAAGAACGCUGUUGUCACAGUUCCUGCCUACUUUAACGACUCUCAGCGCCAGGCCACGAAGGAUGCCGGCGUUAUCGCUGGUCUCAAUGUCAUGCGUAUCAUCAAUGAGCCUACGGCUGCAGCCAUUGCUUACGGUCUUGACAAGAAAGCUGGCAGUGUUGGCGAGAAGAACGUCCUCAUUUUUGACCUUGGUGGUGGAACCUUCGAUGUCUCCCUUCUUACCAUUGAAGAGGAGUUCAAGAGGAAGCACAAGAAGGACAUCAGUGGAAACCCUAGAGCUCUGAGGAGGCUCAGGACAUCAUGUGAGAGGGCAAAGAGGACUCUCUCGUCCACUGCCCAGACCACCAUUGAGAUUGAUUCUUUGUAUGAGGGUAUCGACUUCUACUCUACAAUCACCCGUGCCAGAUUUGAGGAGCUCAACAUGGAUCUCUUCAGAAAGUGUAUGGAGCCCGUUGAGAAGUGUUUGAGGGAUGCUAAGAUGGACAAGAGCAGCGUUCACGAUGUUGUCCUUGUUGGUGGAUCUACUAGGAUUCCUAAGGUCCAGCAAUUGUUGCAGGACUUUUUUAACGGGAAGGAGCUAUGCAAGAGCAUCAAUCCAGAUGAGGCCGUUGCUUAUGGUGCUGCUGUCCAGGCAGCCAUCCUGAGUGGAGAGGGCAAUGAGAAGGUUCAGGAUCUUCUCCUUCUCGAUGUUACUCCUCUAUCUCUUGGUCUGGAGACGGCUGGAGGUGUCAUGACUGUUUUGAUUCCUAGGAACACCACCAUUCCUACCAAGAAGGAACAGGUGUUCUCUACUUACUCCGACAACCAGCCUGGAGUGUUGAUCCAAGUUUAUGAGGGAGAGAGAACGAGAACCAGGGACAACAAUUUGUUGGGUAAGUUUGAGCUCUCCGGCAUCCCACCUGCUCCCAGGGGUGUUCCUCAAAUCACAGUGUGUUUUGACAUUGAUGCAAAUGGUAUUUUGAACGUCUCCGCGGAGGACAAAACCACUGGGCAGAAGAACAAGAUCACUAUUACCAACGACAAGGGUAGAUUGUCUAAGGAGGAGAUCGAGAAAAUGGUGCAAGAUGCGGAGAAGUACAAGUCUGAGGACGAGGAGCACAAGAAGAAAGUGGAGUCGAAGAACGCGUUGGAGAAUUAUGCAUACAACAUGAGGAACACCGUGAGGGACGAGAAGAUUGCCUCCAAGCUUGCUGCAGCAGACAAGAAGAAGAUAGAGGAUGCCAUCGAGCAAGCUAUCCAAUGGCUGGACAGCAACCAGCUCGCCGAGGCCGACGAAUUCGAUGACAAGAUGAAGGAGCUUGAGAGCAUCUGUAACCCCAUCAUCGCCAAGAUGUACCAGGGUGCUGGUGGUGACAUGGGCGGAGGUAUGAGCGAUGAUGGGCCUUCGGCUGGUGGAAGUGGUGCUGGGCCCAAGAUCGAGGAAGUCGACUAAGGUGGUCGACUAUUAUUUCCAGUUUUGCGUAGCCUUUUUUUGCGUCCCUCCUCAUACUUAGUUAUAUACUUCCCUUCUUUAUAUUUAGUUUUGAAAAUACUCCAUUA